AUCCUAAUUCUCAUUUCAUCAACCAUGGACGAGGAUACCCAUUUUCCAGACUCCGACCUUGAUCUCAGCUUCACUAGCUGCGCUUCCACCGCUGCCACUGACCGCACCUUUGCUUCCUCUAGUGCCCGAAGCAGUCUAGCCCGCAGCAGCCUCACUCUCAGCUUCAACGAGUCCCGCCUCUCCACCAACACCUCCACCUCCGCUGCCGCCCCCAACCUCCACCUCCGCCCACACCGCAAAUCUGACCCACAUUGGUCUGCCAUUAAAACUGCCACCACGCUCUCGUCUGAUGGUGCCCUCCACCUCAGCCAUCUCAAGCUCCUCCGCCAUCUUGGCACCGGCAACCUCGGCCGCGUCUUCCUCUGCCGCCUCCGCGACAAUGACCACGCCAACUUCGCCCUCAAGGUUGUCGACAGAGAGAAUCUAACUAACAAAAAACUCUCUCACGUCCAAAUGGAAGCUGAGAUCCUCUCUGCCCUCGACCACCCUUACCUCCCUACACUCUAUGCCCACCUUGAGGUCUCGCACUACACGUGCCUUCUCAUUGACUAUUGCCCCAAUGGUGACCUCCAUUCUCUGCUCCGCAAGCAACCCGGUAACCGCCUACCGGUUGAAGCGGUCAGAUUCUUCGCGGCAGAGGUGUUAGUGGCGCUUGAAUAUCUACAUGCACUUGGUGUGGUUUACCGUGAUCUCAAACCGGAGAACGUUUUGUUACGUGAAAACGGUCACAUUAUGUUGUCUGAUUUUGACUUGUGCUUCAAGGCUGACAUUGCGCCGAAAUUAGAACGCCGGAUCCACCGGAACAAGGUGGAGUCCGGCCGGAAAUGGCCGCGCAGCUGUUUUGGGUACCGGGAAUUGGAGGAGGAAGUGGUGACGGAGUUCGUGGCAGAGCCCACGACAGCGUUUUCGAGGUCGUGCGUUGGGACACAUGAGUACUUGGCGCCGGAGUUAAUUACAGGUAGUGGUCACGGCAACGGAGUUGACUGGUGGGCAUUUGGGGUGUUUGUAUAUGAACUGUUGUAUGGUACGACACCGUUUAAGGGAGCGAGUAAAGAGGCCACCCUGCGCAAUAUAGCAUCGAGCAGAGGGGUGAGGUUCACAGAAGCAGAAGGAAUGGACGAGGCUAGAGACUUGAUAGAGAAGCUAUUAGUAAAGGACCCGAGGAGGAGGCUAGGGGGUGCCAGGGGUGCAACGGAUAUUAAACGGCACCCAUUUUUUAACGGAAUAAAGUGGCCGUUGAUUCGUACUUACCGGCCACCGGAGGUACGCGGUUUGGUGGUGAGGAAGAGCAGGACGCACGUGAGUCACGUGGCAUCCCCCAAGAGAAGGCGUUGGUUGUGGAAGAGACUGGCUUGUUUAAUGAUGAAAAAUAAGGGCACUCAUAGUUUAAAUUCCAAUCGUAACUACUAUAGUUACAGUGACAGUAACAAAGUUAGGAAACACGCAUGAGUUCAACAUUUUUCUUUUGUUUUGAUUUUUUUUUUUUUUUUUUUUUCCCUUACAACUUUGUAAAAAUAGGAGGUGAGAGAAAAUAUCAGUUUUGGUGGAGUCCUUAAGUUGACAUCUGUUGUACAUGAAAAGAAAAAAAUAAAUAAAAGAUUCAGAUAUUGAGUUUCCAAUCCAGAUAUACCA